CUGAAUUUCUGGAAUAACAAGCGGUUUUAAAGUCAAACGUGUUUUCCAGUACGCCUACAUUUAGUCUGGUAUCUAAUUGAGUACACAGCUUGAAGAAGCUUCCAUUGAAAUCGAGUGAAAACAAGAGCUGGCUACCUACAUUCCAGAACGUAAAAGUGACAUUCCCAGCUAGCCAGCGCUCAUCAACGUGGAGAGGACGUGGUUGUGCCUUGUGCUUACUGACAGCUGUAGUCAGAGCUAGAAGACAGAUGCAAACUAGAGAAAACUCUGAGCAGUUUCUAAGAACACGGAAUGUAGUGGAAUGAUAAGAGCUGUGUGGCCUGGGCACUCUUGAGUGGCAGUUGGUGAGACUCCACGUGGCUGGGGGCAAUGAGGGUGCGUUGGUCCCGGAAGCUGGGCUUCCUAGCAAAGACCUUCUUCCUGCUGUGGGUGCUAUGGCUGGGCUACAUUCUCCUAGCCCGCUCCACCGCCUCCACCAUAGGGGCCGAUGGAGGGGAGGACGAAGGGGGCCGCAACCUGCUGGUCAGGCACUUCUCCCGUGUGGAGGAGCAGGGAGGUGAGCAGCUGGCCAGGCCCGUGUACGUGAAGGCGCCAGCGGACGCCAACGCGCACGGGGAGUGGGGCCAGGCCACCAGGCUGAACCUCAGCCCGGAGGAGAGGAAGCAGGAAGAGGACAGCGUGGAGAGAUACGCUAUUAAUAUCUUUGUUAGUGAUAAGAUCUCCCUGCACCGACACAUCAAGGACAGCAGGAUGAAAGAAUGCAGAGCUAAGAAGUUUGACUACCGCCGUCUGCCGACCACGUCAGUGAUCAUAGCGUUCUACAACGAGGCCUGGUCCACCCUGCUCAGGACCAUCCACAGUGUUCUGGAGAGCACACCCGCUGUCCUCCUGAGGGAGAUCAUCCUCAUAGAUGACUUUAGUGACCGAGUCUAUCUGAAGUCUCAGCUGGAGCAGUACAUCAGUAACUGGGGGCGUGUCCGGCUCAUCCGCACCAACAAGAGGGAGGGGCUGGUCAGGGCGAGGCUCAUCGGCGCCAGCUACGCCACGGGUGAUGUACUGACCUUCCUGGACUGUCAUUGCGAGUGUGUCCCCGGCUGGAUCGAGCCGCUGCUGGAGAGGAUUGGUGAGAAUGAGAGCACUAUCGUGUGUCCGGUGAUUGACACCAUCGACUGGAACUCGUUUGAGUUCUACAUGCAGACAGAAGAGCCCAUGAUUGGAGGCUUCGACUGGAGGCUGACCUUCCAGUGGCACGCUAUCCCUGAGGUCGAACGCAAGAAACGCAAGUCCCGCAUCGAACCUAUCAGGUCUCCUACCAUGGCUGGUGGGCUGUUUGCAGUGAGCAAGGCGUACUUUGAGCACCUUGGCACAUAUGACAUGGGCAUGGAUGUGUGGGGAGGAGAGAACCUAGAACUGUCCUUUAGGGUGUGGCAGUGUGGAGGUUCUCUGGAGAUCCACCCCUGCUCUCACGUGGGACACGUCUUCCCAAAGAAAGCACCCUAUGCCAGGCCCAAGUUCCUCCAGAACACGGUCCGUGCUGCAGAGGUGUGGAUGGACACCUAUAAAAAGCAUUUCUACAACAGAAACCCCCCGGCCAGAAGGGAGACCUAUGGGGACAUCUCAGAGAGGGUGGUCAUUCGAGAGAGACUGAAGUGUAACAGCUUUGACUGGUACCUGAACAACGUCUACCCUGACCUGCAUGUACCAGAGGACCGGGAUGGCUGGCACGGGGCGUUGCUUAGCUCUGGGAUGCAUUCAGAGUGCCUGGACUACAACGCUCCGGAACACAAUCCCACAGGGGCGCACGUCUCCCUCUUCAGCUGCCAUGGGCAGGGCGGCAACCAGUACUUUGAGUAUACGACCCAUAAGGAGAUCCGCUAUAACUCUGUGACGGAGCUGUGUGCCGAGGUCCCCGAGGGACAGAUUUACAUUGGGAUGACACACUGCCCCCACGACAGAACCCCUACACCCCCCACCAUCAUCUGGGAGUUCAGAGAGGACGGGACGCUCUACCACCCUCACUCAGGCAUGUGUAUCACCUCCUACCGCACAGCCGAGGGGCGCACAGACGUCCAGAUGAGAAUCUGCACACCUGGGGACAAGCAACAGCGCUGGAAGUUUGAGAAUGGGAGGGACUAACCUCACCCUAAGUGACCUCUUGGAGAGAGGGAGAGACUCUACACACUACUGAAUACUUGACAAAUGUCCUAAUUUAAAGUGCCUUUGCAAACCAAAUGGGUGGUAGAUGGGCUCCACACCUGAGGUGACAAUAUUUCUCUCUGUCGGAAUUCCUCCUUUACAGUUGACCUCCUCUCACUGUGAGGGCUGAAAAACAAUAAGAAAGCUUGAACGUGUGGUGUCAGUUUUAAAAGACUGGUUUGAAAGAGGAACAAUGUCAUGGGAAUUCAGUGGGAUAAGCAUAGAUGCUAACAAAUACUUUUGCAUUCAACAAUGUUUUUUAAAUCCUAUUUUUGUUGUUUUUUUACAGGUAAA